AAACCAGGUGUUACCAUGGUAACAUUGCCAUGAGGCCUUGACUCGAUGUUUGUGAACACUCGACGUAGAAAUGACUUCGGUGUUUACUUUCUUUCUGUUUCUUGAAAAUUAGCUAUAAAAUGUAACUAUAACGACUUUAAAAUGUCCGUGCCGGCUGUUUUUACUCCAGCCACAGAGGAAUCGAGGAAAACCACGCACAAACUAUCAAAAAAAUUACUAAGUGCGAAUUCAACUACCACUCACUCCAAGAAGAUCUCAAAAGCGGCAUCUUUGAAAAAGAAGCAAGAAGAAGAAAGGGCAGCCAAAGAAAGACAGGAGAAACUUUUAAAGCUCUAUGAGUUGUGGCAUCAGGUAAAACAUGAGGAGAGAGAAGAUCGGCACGGGUAUCUAAAAGACAAAGUGACACUACAGCAUGCCCUUAUCCAGCAACAAGAUGAGUUGUAUAAAGUCAAGCAGUCCAGAUUACACAAGCAGCAACAACAGAUAAAGAAGACCCAAUUGCUUGCCAGACAAGAAAGAAAUAAACGCUACUCCAAGUUUGUUCAUGAUGUACUAGCUGAAGAAAAGUUGAAGUCAAGGUCUCUCAAGUCGCACACACGUGUUAUCAGCAGUCACCAGCCCAUCAGAAUGCCACGGCUAUCCAUAUCCGAGACUCCUACGAGAUCUCGGGAGACUCGGGCGAGCGUUAGCCGCACAAGCGCCGAUGGCACUGUUGGCGAGAGCAUCUUAUUGGCGGAUAACUUUAACGAUCUUAUAAACGAGUCAGUGGAGGUUCAACUUCAAGCUUUGUUAGGGCCAGAAGCCGAGGCUUUCCUCAAGCCGACUUUUCGUGAAGGGGCUAAAAAGUGUUUGGAUCCGCUUGUACAUAAACACCGUGGAAUGGGUGCGCACGACUUAUGGGGGUUGCUGCGAGGGAAGUCACAAAAGAAACUCGAGAAACAAGAGGAUUCAAUACCAACUGAAUUAAAGAACGCUUAUCGCUCGUUCUUGAGAGAGUGCGUGCACGCAAAUAUCCCCGUAUUUGAGAGAAGUUUCAUAGACAAAAACAAAGAAAGGAUCCCAGAGGACCAGCUGAGCGAAAGCCAUCUCAUCAAAGACAUCCACUUCGCGCUCCAUCGCCUUGACCUCAUGUAUCGCGUGGCGCAUAUGAACAAGGAUAAAACGCGCCUGCUGUUCAAGAAUAUGGAGUCAGCGGAUGCAAACGAGGGCACUGUUCGCCCUCCCCGAUACAACCCUAAUCAGAUACAGCCGCGAAAGGCUCUUCCUGCUGUCUUGUCGUUGUCCGAUUUCGAAACGUGGCCCCCGUUCCUUCCAAACGUAGAGGAAGAAGAGUGUUUUGUGGAACAACCAUAUGUCCUCGAUGGCGAAAAGAUCACUUUCCUCACGGAAGAAAUGGCGACGUGCAAAGGCGGGUUCAGUGCCAGACACCACGCUCCCGGAAUAGCAUCCAAACAACCCGCGCCAAAAACAGAAACAACCACACUCGCGAAGAGUAUCGGGAACAAUAUACGGGGAACUGUGUCGGCUCCUGUAACCGCGCGCGAGGACGGAAAAUCUAAGAAAAUGGCUGGAAAAUCGUGGCAACCGCUCAGCUUGAACGCACUAUUAGAUUAUAAGCCUCCUGUUCGUCUCCUUGGAUCUGGGGAAUUUCGCGCCGGUCAGCAACCCAGAAAAUGGAAGAUCGACUAGUGUGGAUGUCUCAUCCAGGCUAUUGUAUAUAGUUAGUUGUUUUUUCAAAAUGUCAUUGAGCUAGUAUACUGUACUAGGGGGCGGAGAGCGGCUUUUUUGCGGUCGAGCGGGGUAUACCCCCUGAGGUCUUGCGCCCAUUCCUUUUGUUUCAUCGUAUAUGUAAAUAGUCAUAUCAACAUUAAAAUUGUUAUUUACUA